CCCUCCCUCCAACUCCCCGCCUCCUUCGCCGAACAGAACAACAAAAGGAUUGUCCUCGCUCUACAAAGUGGACUGAAGAGUGAGUUGACUUGGGCUUUGAACACUCUUACGGUGCUAUCUUUCAAAGAAAAGGAUGAUUUACGUAGAGAUGCCACCCCUCUUGCUAAGAUACCAGGGCUUCUAGAUGCUCUUCUUCAAGUUGUUGAUGAGUGGCGUGACAUAAAUUUUCCAAGGGACUCAACGAAACCUGCACGAGUAAGAUCAUUGGGUGCAAAUUCUGCGGUUACAGGUUUUGGAAAUGAAUGUGAGAUAACAGCUACUGGUACUCGCCUGCAUCAUGGCCCUACAAGUGGAUCAUCGAUUCCAGAGGUCUCCGCCGAGAAGCGUAAGCGUCAUGCUUUCGAGUGGUGGUUUGAUGAAGAUGGACUGUUUAAUGUAGACGAGGAGGGUCGGUCUGAGAAACAACAAUGUGCUAUUGUUGCUUCAAAUAUCAUCCGGAACUUUUCUUUCAUGCCAGACAAUGAGAUGAUUAUGGCCCAACAUAGACACUGUUUGGAAACGAUAUUUCAAUGUAUUGAAGAUCAGAGUACAGAAGAUGAGGAGCUCAUAACCAAUGCUCUGGAGACGAUUGUCAACCUAGCACCGUUGCUGGACCUACGAAUCUUCAGCUCAUCGAAGCCAUCUUUUAUCAGAAUGACUGAGAAACGUGCUGUUCAGGCCGUCAUGAGUAUGCUGGGGUCUUCAGUCAAGGCUUGGCAUUGUGCAGCAGCUGAGUUGCUUGGGCGCCUAAUAAUAAAUCCCGACAAUGAACCAUUUCUUCUUCCUUCUUCUCCGUUGAUAUACAAGCGGCUAGUUGAUCUUCUGAGCUUACAAGCAGUGGAUGCGCAAGCUGCUGCUGUUGGGGCACUUUACAAUCUUUCAGAAGUGAAUAUGGACUGUAGGUUAAAACUAGCCAGCGAACGUUGGGCGGUUGAUAGACUUCUAAAGAUAAUAAGAACUCCACAUCCUGUGCCCGAGGUCUGCAGGAAAGCUGCAAUGAUCUUAGAGAGCCUGGCAUCCGAGCCUCAAAAUAGGGCAGUGUUGGCUGCUCAUGAAACAACAUUUACCGAGAUUCUUCUGUCUGAUGGAAGAUAUGCUGAUACCUUUGCACGAAUAUUGUACGAGCUGACUUCAAGACCGAACAAUAAGCUUGUCAGUGGUCGUGCUGUUUGGGGUAUGUGAAGACAAACAAGAUUUAAUCAUCGAAAAAGGGCUUAUCCUAUUAUGCAGUGUAGCUUUUUGUAACAUGAUUGUUGUAGUUAGUAGGCGUCUAUCGGCUUUAGAUGGGAGGUACUUCAUUGAUGAUUAAUGUGAGAACUGAAGAAGCCGUGUAAUGUAUUAACUGCUUAAUUUAGUAUUAACUUAUCAAAAUGUUUUCUUUUGUAAAUGAAACCACUGCUUUUGACUGGCUUGUUAUA